UCUAAAAAAGGAAAAAAGGAAAAAAGAAAAGAAGAGUGGAAUAGCCCCAAACUAUUGAUUCAGCAGAGUGUGUGAAAGAAAGGGAAAAAUGUCGAGCAGGGACCUCCUGAAGGGAAAAAUGUCGAGCAGGGACCUCCCAGAAGAUGUGAUAAUGGAAAUCCUAUCAAGGUUGCCCGUCAAAUGGCUACUGCGAUUCAAGUGUGUAUGUAAAUCCUGGUACGCUCUCAUCACAAACCCUGAUUUCAUCAACAAGCACCUUACUUGGGCAACUUCUCACAAUCCCCGCCGCGGGGUCUUCCUUACGUGCGAGCACGAGAUUACCCGAACCCCCUGGGUCUCCCUGCGCGCUUAUGAGACCCUAGAGGUGUCCAGGUACGUUGAUAUAUCACAAUUCUUUCCUCAGGACAUUGACGAUCUUGCAGUCUACGGUCCCUGCAAUGGAAUCCUCUGUCUCCUUGGUGGGUUCGAGGAUCGGGACGACGAUGAUGAUCGUGGCCGUAGCAAUGGGCUGGUGUUAUGGAACCCCGCCACGAGAGAAUCGAAGGCGCUUCCUGUAAUCCACCGCCCUCCUGAGGUGCCCACUACCUUUUCUUUCAAUUUUGGCUUCGGUUUUGAUCCCAAGGCUAAUGAUUACAAGGUGGUAAGGAUUCUCAACUUCAGUUCUUUGAAAUGCGAAGUUGAGGUGUACAGCCUGAGUACUGAUUCUUGGAGAGUGAUUAAUCCGUCUCUUAAUCCAGCUUAUCGUGUUAGUUCCCCUCGUUUCCCCUCAUACUCAAAUGGGGUUCAUCAUUGGUGGGCUUGUGAGCGUGGUAACAGGGACAGCCGACUGUUGCUUUCCUUUGAUAUGAGCAACGAGGUGUUCCAUGAGACCCCGUUGCCUCCCUUAUCUGAAAGACAUUCUCUUUUUGAGGCUAUUGCUGUUAUCAAUGACUCUGUAGCUUUGGUUUCUGUGUAUCAUGGCGGCGAGGGUAAAUGUUAUGAUAUAUGGGUGAUGAACGAGUGUGGUGUGAAAGUGAAUUGGACUAAACUGUUCACAAUCGGACCCCGUCCACAGCUUAGCAAUCUGUUAGAACUUCGGGAGGGUGGUUUGGUUCUACUAAGAAAUGAAAAUGGAUGGCUGGUGGUUUUUGACCCAAUAACACGACAACAAAGGGAUCUGGGAAUAUACGGAAACUCCUUUCAGGUUGUUAGUUUCACGGAAACCCUAGUUGUACUAAACCGAUCAGCAACAAGAUCAGCACCAAGGCAAUUCAGGAGAUGGUUAUGAAUCCUUACUUGGGCCACAUAAACAAGGUUCCGCACCAUUUCAGUGAUUAAUCUCAUAUAUGCAUAAACUAUCACAUAUUUGGCAUACUACUCUAGGAUUUGGAGUUUCUGGAAUUAUGAUGAAGGUGAGGGGUUUUGCUGUUACAUUGUGUAUAACUUAUUGUUUGCCUUUUGUGCCUAUUUAUAUGUACACUAUCUGUUGGGUGCUUUGACGCAUUAACAAAUACUUUCUGCUGGCUGUCCAUUGAAAUGCUUGUGGUUAAUUCUACACAUGUUCUUUGUUAGAAGGAUGAAGAAUUAUAAAUCAAUGUAAUGAACUUUUGUCUAUUUGGUUACUGUAAAAUGUUAAUUGAACCUUACAUUUAGGUAAUACACAGAUUUCCAGUAUCCACAUCUUCAUUUCUGCCAAAGGAGAUGAUGCUGGUGCUUGUAAAUUUGGUUUAAAUUUCAAAGGUAGCAAUCACAUUUCAUAGAUUAUGUGAAGUUCAGCAGGUGCCAAUUCCAUGAUGCACCUUAAGUAUAGAUUCAUUAGACAUAAGAGAUACUACUUAUUACAAGCACUCAGUGGGUAAGAAUGCUCUGCUUAUCUUUGUAAUGCAAAACUGCUGAACUUUUGAUUGAAGCAGUCAGAAUUGGCUUAUAACUUCAGUAAUCUUGAAUGGUUAUCUUGCACAUUGGAUCACUAUCAUAAAAUCCAACUCCAUACGAAUCACCCUUGAUCCAACUAGUUGGGGUAGUUCAUAAGUCCUCCAAGGUAAUGCCAAUGUAUGUCUCAUCUUUCACAAUUCCAAGUCUUCCACUUCCUAUGAAAUUUUUGUCCUAGGGGCUAUUUUAGUUUUCUUCUCGAUUCAUUACCAGAUCACUUUGAUCAGGAAAGUGUAGUUUCCUAACACAGGCUCAACCGCAACCAGUAACAUUAUAAGUAUUGAAUGUAAUUUAAGAUUUAACCACAAUAUUUUUCGUCUUGCUUUAAACUAGUGCGGCAGUGCUCCCAUUUUAUUUAUUUAUUUUACAGUUUUUUACCUUUAGGGCUUGGAUUUGAUUGAUUUAUUAUAGUACCUGUUGUAAUAUCAAAUUGUUCAGAGAGAACACUUGUACACAGAUUUUUUUCCCUCUCUUGUUGAGGUUCUAAAGAGUUCAAGUGACAUGUCGAUUUGAUCAUUUGAGCACUCCUUGGUUGGUGGUUUUAGGACAGACAGAACGAAGUGAAUAAAGUGAAGCUAUCAAGGCCUGUUUCCCAUUUUGAAGUCAUGAUCUGUAUGUCAAUACAAAUUGUAAUGACAGAUGGCCAGACUGGUUAGUAGCCCUCUACACUGAACAGAAGCUGUUUUUAAAUUCAUGGCAGAAGUAAGAACAGGGAGCUGUUGGGAAGUUACACGCACCCUGAAGGGGUUUACACAUGGAACCCAUCAUUCAUUCCGUUUUUAUGGAAUGAAUAAAGUAUUAUUUGAAUGCAAGUUUAUUUUGGAUUUGGAAAUCCCUUUUAGUUAUCUAAUAAUAUAGUUUUUUUUUUUCUUCCUUGCUAUGAGGUUUCCUAGCAGGUGUCAUUAUUAGGUAAGUUUUGGUGAUUACAAUUGAAUUUGUUGAGCUCUCGGUGGACUCUGAAAAUGUCAGUCUUUGAGAUUUUUUCCACAUGUUGGCUCAUCAAAAUAAACGGAUUUCCAAUGUAUAAACUUCACUUAGGCAUAAAUCAUGAGCUGCGCAGUUAUCAGAGUGUUGUUUUCUAUAAAUUGCCCUGAUUCCAAUUGUUGAUUA